AUGUUUCUGUGUUGUUGGCUGGUUCUGGUGGCUCUCACCCACAUCAGCUCGAGCACCAACCCUGGAGCGCAGGUCAAGCUGACGGAAAAGGGACUGGAAUAUGCCAGACAAAUUGGGAUGGCAAGGAUCCAGCAGGAGCUUCAGAGAAUCAGCAUUCCAGAUAUAUCUGGGACACAACAGGUUUCUCGAGUCGGGAAAGUCCAAUACAGCCUGUCCAACAUGCAGAUCGUGAAUGUGGCAUUACCACAGUCACUGGUGACCCUGGUGCCAAACGUUGGAGUCAGACUGAACAUCCCUGGUGCCUUUGUCAGCAUGGUGGGCAACUGGUGGGUCCGGUACCUGCGAGUCAUCAAAGCCAGCGGCUCCUUUACUUUGAGCAUCUACGCUCUGAACAUCCAGACUAAUGUCGCGAUAACAAGUGAUGACACGGGCCGCCCCGUGGUCAACAGUGUCAACUGUGCAGCCAGUGUGGGCCGCGUGGGCAUCAAAUUUUACGGUGGAGCCAGCUGGCUCUACAAUCUUUUUCAUAAGUUUGUCGAACAUGCUAUACGCAGAGCACUGGAGGCAAGGAUAUGCCCUUCAAUGGGGACAGCAGUGUCAGGUCUGAACCCUCAGCUCCAAAAACUGAACGUCAUCGCCAAGGUGGAUAAGUUUGCGGAGAUCGAUUACUCCAUGGUGUCAGCGCCCUCUAUCUCCAGCUCUGCCAUCACCUUAAAUCUGAAGGGGCAGUUUUACAACAUCGGGAAGCGCCAGGAGCCGCCCUUCUCCCCAGCGGCCUUUUCUCUGCCUCCUCAACGCGACAACAUGUUGUACAUGGGCAUCUCUCCCUUCACCGGCAACAGCGCCGGGUUCGUGUACAACACAGCAGGCGCGCUCAGCAUCAACAUCACCGCCGACAUGAUUCCUAAGGACUUUCCUUUGCCACUCACCACAGAGAGUUUGGGAAUUUUCAUCCCAAAGAGAUUUAAACAGGAAGUUCUGUUGCAGGUUGCCGAACUCCACCCAAACCUCAAUGUCCAACUUCGGGUGGAGAAUGAAAAAUGGCCCAAUAUCAUUUACAACAACAACGUGAUGGUCAAGACGACAGUGACAAUGACGGCCUACGCAGUCCAGAACAACGGUGGGCUGUCGCCACUCUUCGUCUUGAAUGUGAAUGCCAGCGCCAGCGUCAACCUGUCCAUCAGUGGGAUGAAGCUGGUUGCCAACUUCAUUCUCGACAAAAUGACCUUCAGCCUUAAUACCAGCUACAUUGGAAACAUCCGGGUCCACUCCUUUGCAGGCACUCUGCAGCAGAUGCUGAGUUUGGUGGCGAUACCGAAAAUAAAUGAAAAACUGAAGUGGGUGUGCCCACUUCCCACACUGGGGAAGGUGGCGCUCUUGAACACCCAACUCAGAGUUCUGAAGGAUUACGUGCUCAUCGGCACGGAUGUCGCCUUUGAUGGCUGA